AUGGAGCACAUCGGGAGGCUACGCGAAGGGAGAUUUGAAGAAGGGAAGCUUGUUGAACGCGUGUUCCCAACCACUCAGAGUCCUGUUAUCAUCAGUGUGCCAAUAUUCCGUGCCUCCAACGGUACCUUGGCCGCUCAAGUCUCCAAUACCGAAGAUCUAGUUGAGAUGGUCAAACUGAAGAGUCCUGGACUAAUGACUGCAGGCGCUGGCAGUGUCGUGAUGGGUACUUGGUUCAUUCUCGUUGCAGAAUGCACAGCUCCGGAAUUCCAGAAGAAAGCUAUCGCACAGGCUAUAGAUGAGGUGUCACCACUUCCAAGAUCGACCGUGUAUGACGACCUCCAAAACUUGAAACGUUGGCCAGAGGCUUAUGACAGCAGGGCUAUCAUUGGCAAAUUGUAA